AAACAGAAGGAACCUGUGUGCCCGGAGGGGCGGGUCCGUCCCCGGGGAGGGAGGGAGCCCUGCCUGGACGGCGCCGGCCCCCCAAGGAGAGAGAGAGGCUCUUUGUCCCGCUGGGCUGCAGCUGAGGGGGGCGGGGAGGUGACUCCGGGCCCUUCUCCAGUGCGGACCCCUCUGGGAGACCCAGUGGGUGAUGAACUAACUGCUCCCUAACCUUCUGUCCGCUGCCCCCGCAGGUGGUGGGCUGUGGUGGUGCUGGUUGCCAUCCCCUCCCUGGGGGCAGGUGGGGAGACCCCCGAAGCCCCUCCGGAGUCCUGGACCCAGCAAUGGUUCUUCCGCUUUUUGGUGAAUGCUGCUGGCUACGCCAGCUUCAUGCUCCCUGGCUACCUGCUGGUGCGGUACUUCAGGCGGAAGAACUACCUUGAGACAGGCAGGGGUCUCUGCUUCCCUCUGGUGAAAGUGUGUGUGUUCGGCAAUGAGCCCAAGGCCUCCGACGAGGUUCCCCUGGCUCCCCGGACAGAGCCGGCGGAGACCACUCCUACGUGGCAGGCCCUGAAGCUGCUCUUCUGUGCGGUGGGACUCCAGGUGUCUUACCUGACUUGGGGAGUGCUGCAGGAAAGAGUGAUGACCCGCAGCUAUGGGGCCACAGCCACAUGGGCAGGUGAGCGCUUCACAGACUCGCAGUUUCUGGUGCUAAUGAACCGAGUGCUGGCAUUUAUUGUGGCUGGCCUCUACUGCCUCUUCUGCAAACAGCCCCGACAUGGGGCACCCAUGUACCAGUACUCCUUUGCCAGCCUGUCCAAUGUGCUUAGCAGCUGGUGUCAGUAUGAAGCUCUCAAGUUUGUCAGCUUCCCCACUCAGGUGCUGGCCAAGGCCUCUAAGGUGAUCCCUGUCAUGCUAAUGGGAAAGUUGGUGUCUCGGCGCAGCUACGAACACUGGGAGUACCUGACAGCAGGCCUCAUCUCCAUUGGGGUCAGCAUGUUUCUGCUGUCCAGCGGACCAGAGCCCCGAAGUUCACAGGCCACCACACUCUCGGGCCUGAUCCUAUUGGGAGGCUACAUUGCCUUUGACAGCUUCACCUCGAACUGGCAGGAUGCCCUAUUUGCCUAUAAGAUGUCGUCAGUGCAGAUGAUGCUUGGGGUCAACUUCUUCUCCUGCCUCUUCACAGUGGGCUCCCUGCUAGAGCAGGGGGCCCUCCUGGAGGGGACCCGCUUCAUGGGGAGACACAGUGAGUUUGCUGCACACGCCCUGCUGCUCUCAGUGUGCUCUGCAUGUGGCCAGCUCUUCAUCUUCUACACCAUUGGACAGUUUGGGGCCGCAGUCUUCACCAUCAUCAUGACCCUCCGCCAGGCCUUUGCCAUUCUCCUCUCCUGCCUCCUCUAUGGCCAUACCAUCACGGUGGUGGGGGGCCUAGGGGUGGCUGUGGUCUUUGCUGCCCUCCUGCUCAGAGUCUAUGCCCGGGGCCGCUUAAAGCAACGGGGAAAGAAGGCUGUGCCCAUUGAGUCCCCUGUGCAGGUUUGAGGGACCUGACUGGCAAAGUGAACGAAGAUCCUUUUACCAUACCGUUUUCCUCUCCUAGUGUGUAGCUUCUCACAGGUGGCUGGCUCAAGGGCAAAAUGCAAGCUUUCCUCAGUAUCACAAACCAGCUCUGCAGUUAGGGGUGGGGAGGCCAGAAGGCCACCUUCCCUUUUGCCUUAAGCCACCAGUCCUCUGGUAUGACUCUUGAGCCCGAGUAGAGUUCUGUUUGGAGAGGGGCGAAGUAUCUUCCAGAAAUUCCCUUAAGUCUUGCUGUUAGCUCUGCCACCAACCUCACCAGUGCUUGUCCCCUACCCUGAAUACCCGUAUAGAUUCCUCCCCGAUGCCUGCAUUUCUUACUCUGGUGAUUGUAAGCAGAGUGCUGCUUUCCUAGGAUAAAUGACAGGUGGUGCUGUGCUAGGGGAGGGGAGAGCCCUGCCAGCAACACCACCCUCUGCUCCUGGAUCCCAUGGCUCUGCUCAGAGCCAGUUGCAGGUUUUGGUACUUUGAAAAUGUAACUUUCUGCUCAUAAUUUUAUUUUUAUUAAAUUAAACUGCUGCAAUGGACUUGG